CUGACUAUACAUGGAUGUUACAGGAACUGUUAGCGUCCAGGUAUAGCGAUAGCUUGAAUGUAGAGUGAAGCGUACGUCCCCCGGUCAGUAGCAGAGCAGCAAUUCCACUUGGAGCCACUGCGAUUGCAAUUUUUGAUUGGCAUCCCGUGUACGCAAUAAUAGUUUCGAACAGAAACGGCUUCCCGGUGCUACCAGGUCCAUCAAAGAAAAAGAUCUGCCCAUGUGCCUCCUCUCGGCUGGAUUGUUCUGUCAAACCGUAGCUAUCCACUGCUGCGGUAAUUACAUUGUAAUUCGUUAUUCGUUGUUCAAACGAUUCACGUAUACUAAUAUGUUGUCCAGCACAUCAAUAGCAUAAGAGUGCUUCGCGUUCACCAGGGAAAAUAUUUCGGCAACGGAUAAGGCGUAUUGUAGCAGGUCUGGUCCUAUCUGCAUAAAGUCGGAUAACUGCAGAAUACAGGAAACAUCGUCAGCGUCUUCUGCGGCACCAUUUACCGCAGGUGCUGAUCAAUGACCCGUAUCGUAUAAGAAAACACGACUCGAUUGCGAUCGAAGCAAAAUUGUCGAUCGAAAUCGAAAUCGUCUCGAAAUAGGUAUCGCAUACGAUUUGUCGAUUUCGAUCGAGAAAACUUAUACGAUCGACUUGUCGAGCAGUUUGCGUUCUGUCAAACAGCGGUUUGUUUACAUUGCGAAUGCAGGGAGCAGUGAAUACAUGUGAAUGAGAAUACAUUUUAUCAUUGUGCUUUGCUAUUUAAUGAUGAUUGCUUCAAUUUUACUGUACAAUCGUGAUCGUCGAUCCGCAAAUGUGGAUUUAAAGAAAUAUCGGCGAAAAUUGCGAAAGGAAUUAGAUCCUUUGAGUUUAGACGAUGCCGCGUAAGUAAACAGUCCGGGUAGAAGAAGCACUUGUACUGAUAGCUUGCUAUAGUUUUAGGAAAAAUUUCCGGAUUUCGAAGGAUUUAUUUUUAGAUAUCCUUGAAAAAAUUGAACCAGCAAUAAUGCCGAAACACAAUCGUGGGUUAUCUGCAGAACAAAAACUGGCAGCAGCUCUAAAAUUUUUAGCACAAGGAUCCUACCAGCUGGGUGUAGGCAACGAUUUUACGGUGCCAAUGGGACAAUCGACAUUUUCCGAAAUGUUCGAUGAAACAUUACGUGCUCUGGAAAAUGAACUUAAGAGGCACAUAACGCUGGAAAUGACGGAGGAGGAACAAAUGGAGGCACGUAGAUUUUUCUAUGGUAAAUCUGGCAUUGCUGGUGCUGUUAUGGCUGUGGACGGUACACAUAUCAGAAUGAUAGCUCCUACUGAAGACUCAGUAAUAUAUUUCAACAGGAAAGGAUUCUACAGCUUAAAUGCGCUUCUUAUAUGUGACCACAAACACAUCAUUCGGUAUGUUAAUGCCAAAUAUAGUGGAUCGAAUCACGAUGCAUUUAUUUUUGAUAACAGUCCAGCUAAGUCAUUCUUUGAGCAAAAGUGGAGGAAUGGUGAAAGAAUGUUUAAACUGUUGGGUUUGUAGAACAACAAUUAACAUUAAAUUAAAGUGAUAUGCAAUAAUUUGAACAGAUUUUUAUUCAUUUAUUGUUCCAUAAAUUUAUACAUUACUGUUUUGUAAAUAAUAAUUUCACUCAUAUUUUUCAU